CGGAAACCUAGACUUUUCUGAACAUGAGCAGUUCAAUUUCAGGCUGUGUCUUACGUCACAGGAGAGCGAGGGUACGAACGGAUGUGAUGACGAGUGUGUGUGUGUGUGAGAUCAAGUUCAUGUGAGAUCAAUCUGAUAACUUCUCUACGCCGGUGAUGUGGUGUGUAGUGAAUGGAUUGAACGAAAGAAAAAGUAAAUGAUUUCGCUCUCAAGCUGAAAAGGCAAAGCAAGAAAGCUCACGCCGCGAUUUUUUACACAGGACCCCCCGUGGACGAAGUUGUUGGCUUUCAUUUUGAUUUUCCCACCAACAGAUUUUUUGAAAGAUUACGUUCAGCUUUUUUUGGAAAGAUCUGCUAUUUCCGCGCACCGAUCUUUCGUGCGCGACGUUCGCAGGUGCCUUCUUUAGCCGGUCGCUCGCAGCUUCCGCUUCAUUGCAUGCCACUGUCGAUAGAUCAAGUUGAAGUUUAUUUUGAACUGCAAAAUACCAUUGCGAUAAGAACAGAUACAGAGUCACGAUCACCAUGAUCUCCACAAGCAGCUUCUUUACAAGAUCACUGUUUCCGAUUUUCUAGUUUCUUUCUCUUUAUUUUCUUUAUUUGAACGUAGAUGUCAAUGAAAAUAGAAUCACUCUCUUUCGGCGUUUUUCCAUUGUUACGUCUGGGAGCAUCGUGUUGAUAAAAGUUCGGGCCAACUUCUAGUAUUGCAAAUUCUAUUCUACUCAAACGAACGAUUUUUUUCGUUUGCCCGUACUAGUUGAUAGUUCUCACUCGUACUCGUGUGUUGUGUUGAAUACGCCAACAUAACUUGUGUGUCGCUUGUCGCCGUUUUCAAAACUUCUUCGCGCUCUUCUUUUUUUUUUCUUUAGUCAGAACCCCAUUGCGCACGAAAAUGCAAGUUCUUCGUUGGUCGUUUUUCACUGCUUCCCUUGCCGCGGUGGCACAGGAGAUGGCUCACGAAGGCGAUCCGGUAUGUUGGGAAGACGGGAUUCCACCAGAAUAUUGCUGCGGUGACGACUAUGGAGACGCAGGUAUGGUCUGCUGUGUGGUUGUAUUUUCUCAUCUUGUUGUACGAUGUUCAUCUGCAAAGUUUGACGAGUUUAUAAAAAAAAGGCUGCCUCGUCAUCGUGUUUCUUCGGUUUCUUUCGAUAUGGAAGGAAGGUAUUGGCGGGUAUUCGUAUUUCUUUUUCUUCCUUCAGGUACACCGUCCUGCUGGGUAAUGGGUUUCCGGUACACGCGGUGCUGCGGCGUGAAGAAGAAGAAGGCAUACACCCCGAGCGCGCGGCGCAGCAUCAAGCUGUCCAACCCGUGCGACUACAUCGUGGUCGGCGCGGGCUCCGGGGGCGCCACCGUGGCCUCGCGGCUGGAAACCGCGUACCGGGUUUGCCUGGUCGAGCAGAACAACGAGCCAGACAAGUACUGGAGCGAGGGCCACCCGGUGGGCCCGAAGGAGAAGGACUGGCAGUACAAGUUCGGGCGCGGCGUCGGCGGCAGCACGCUGAUCAACAGCGGUGUGUACACGCGCGGGAAUUUGGAGGACUACGCGGAGUGGGGCGGCGAGGAGUACUGGGGCGUGAACCGCACACUGGAGCUGUUCAAGACGCUGGAGCACCCGGCCAGCAUCCCUGGCUACGAGGUGGACUACGACUACCACCCGUACCGGAAAAACCCCGCGGAAAAGCCGGCACACGCGACACUGGUCUCCUCGGAGAGGCACGAACUGCCGCCGAUCUUCCGGGCGAUCGCGGACGCGUGGGAGGAAAACGGCCUGGGCAAGUACCGCGUGGACCCGCACAGCUCGACCGAGAUGACGGGGCUCGGCGGCGUGUGGCGGUGGAUGGGCUGCGGCGACGACAUGGACGCGGCCUGCACGCCGCAGCGGGUCUCCCGGUGGCGGUACGUGGGCCACGAGCGCAACCAUGAGAGCGUGGACGUCACACUGACCAAGUAUCGUUUUGAAAAUUUACCAUCUACUCCACCAUCCAAUAAUUUCAAUUUGCUGUCAUGCGCAACAUGUACGUACGGUAACGUAAGUUCUGUGUUAGUCAUGCAAAUGGUGGAUGAGAAUGCGGAUGGAUGCUAAAUUUUCAGACAAUACGAAGCCGAAGCUCUACAUCGGAAAAGUGACGAAGGUCCUGAUUCAGGACAACGUCGCGCGCGGGGUCGAGUUCAUCGACGACCGCGGGCAGAAGCUGCAGCUUAUGGCCAAGCGCGAGGUCAUUCUGGCUGCCGGCGUGGCGUACACGUAUCAAACAAAAAAGUGUUAACGUUAACGGUUUUCACAAAUAGCAGUCACGCAUUACAAAUUUUGCCUUCCAUGCAUGCUGCGCAAUACAAAUUUGGGCACUUUUUCUGAUGCGUUACUGCAUUACAAAUUCCGUUAACGUUAACACUUUUUCUUGUGAUAACACGCCCAAGAUUUUGAUGCUCAGCGGCGUCGGGGACCCGCUCGAGCUGUCGGCGCUGGGGGUCGAGGUGGUCCAGGAGGCGCCGCACGUGGGCCUGCACCUGCAGGACCAUUAUGGGUUCUCUUCCACCGUAGAAACGAAUCUGAAGUGUCCGAAGGACGCGCACCGCGAUGAGCACGGGGUUCCGCGGGGGGGCACGCACCUGGGCUUUUUGAACGACUUUCUGGCCCAGUUUUACGGGUUCUACAAGCUGCCCGACACCAACGUCUUCUUCGAGAUGUUCCUCAUCGAGGGCUGCCAGGAGGAAAAAUACACGCUCACGUUCACCGUGCUGUUACUCUCCCCCUCCAACGAAGGACGAAUCGUGCUCGACUCCGCGGACCCGGAGGAAAAACCGCGGCUGGCUAUCUACCCUCACGUCCACGAAGAGGACCUAAACUAUCUAAACUACGUAUGCCAUGAAGAAAGGAGUAUGCUUGUCCUGUGAGUUUAUUGCUUAGACGCUUAAGAAAAAAUGCAUGAUCGAUGAACGACCUCAAGUUACAAGGAAGAGGAAGCUCAUACAUGUGUUACGUCCUUUGCUUGUAUCAUCAUCUGCACGAUUGGCACCACGGAGAUGUUGCGCACUUUCGCUUCCUCAAUGUUAAUGCUUCUGCUAGAAAAAGAAAGUAGAGCGGGCAAGCAGAGUUCGUUUUUUUCUUUGGCAUACUGUGCUUUGCGCAUCUUGUACGUGAAAAUAUUCCCCGCGUUGCGCCAGUGGGACGCCCGUAUUAGCCCCGACGUGAGUGUGAUGUCAGACGAGACAAAGGCCAAAGCGUAAGCUUUCUUUCUCACCUUUUCACUGAGACGACGCACUGAGUUUGUAAGUGUGUACGAAUGAAGACCACGAAGAGCUCCAGUACUUAACUUGAAAACAUUGAAUCUCAAACACACUCGCACCCACAGGUGGAUCAAGGAGAAUCUGUACUAUUAUUCGCACCCAACCGGCACGGUGAAACUGCACGCCCAGGAUCCUGAUGGCAGCGUGCUGAACCCGGAUCUGACCGUGAAGGGCGUGCAGAACCUGCGCGUCUGCGACGCGUCGGUGUUUGGAAAAGCGCCGAUCGGGCAUUCCGACGGUCCCACGCGGAUGAUCGGGGCCAAUUGCGCGAAAAUCAUCAUGGACAAAGACAGAGCAAACAUGCCGGUCAUCGGGUACUUAUCGCGUUUUUCUCGUAGCUGCUGCUGCGUCGGACGUUUUUGCUGGCACACCGGCUGCACUUUGAUAGCCAACUACGCAGUCAAAUUUCUCUGCAGAUACGAGUAGAAAGAGAGACACAGCCCCGUACUACACUUCUUGUUCUUACAUAAAUUUUCACUAAAUAAACCCAGGUAUGGUACGAACAACGAGCUGAAAGCUUUUCACAUUUCGUAUUUCCUCACUGCUGGCGGGCGGCUGAUCGACACCGCGAUUACCUAUAACAACCAGGAGAUCGUCGCCGCCGGGAUCGGUCAGAGCAAAGUACCGAGAGAAGAAGUUUUUCUGGUGACCAAGGUCGGCCCGGACAUGUUUGACGACACCUACCAGGCCAUUAAGGACGACCUCGCGAAGUGGAAGGGCAAAACCAAGCACGGCGACAUUGCGCGCGUGACCUAUUUCGACCUCGUCCUCCUGCACUGGCCCAACCUGUACUCGACCGACCUGAAGGCCCCUAAGUGCGCGUCGGAGCCGGAGGGGUGGGUGGGGUGCCGCAAGCUGGCGUGGCAGGGGCUGGAGAAGUUGGUGGCCGAGGGGAUCACGCGCUUCAUCGGCGUGUCCAACUUUGACGUGAAGCACCUGGAACCGUUGCUGGACUGGGACCAGCGGAAGUACCCGAUCUACGCGAACCAAAUCGAGUUCGGCAUGUUCCGGACCCACGCUUGGGACACGGUCAAGACCUACUGCGACCAGAAGGGGAUCCGGGUUAUGGCCUACGGCGUCAUCGGCGGCUUAAAACGAGAAAUGCUGAUCGACCACGACCUCGUCAAGGCCGCAGCAGAGAACCGCACCGCAGAAAGCGCCAUGUUCCAGUGGGCGUUAAAUGAGGGCGUCACGGUGCUCCAGGGCAGCAAGAAGAAAAAGCACAUGGAUCAGUUCCUGGCACUGGCACCCACCCAAGAGAAGGUGAUAAAAACUGACAUUCCAAUGGACGAGCGGACCAAGUGCUACGAACCCGACGUAUCAACGAAAAAAUCUUCUGCAUCACUGUGACCCUGCACAAAACAGACACGUUGGUUGUGCAUUUGUAUCGAUGUGAAAGAAUGUUGUCCAAGAAGAGCAAGAUGUGCCAUGUUUUGUUAAGCUGUACUUCUACUUUUUUGCAUUGCAACGCCUGAUAUAAUUUGUCAUGCUACACUGCUCGACGAAAGAAUGCGACCGCGAGCGUCACAGGGAUACAGUUUUUUUCAUGCGAUAACGGGCCGUAAACUACGAAUGAGACCGGUCGUCUCAGCAUAACUUUGACGUCCAGCUUUCAUCGUGCUGGUCUCAUCUUCAUCUCAUUUCUUCUUCUUGUUUUCACACACAGAAGUCAGCGGGCCACAUCAUGCCAAAGCUUUGCAUUCCAACGUGGCAAGAACAAAUUUUCGCGAUUAUGUCAGUAUGAUUUGAGAAACGCCGUAGGAUAACGCGUUUGCUAUUUUCCUCGCCCAUGCAUUUGAUGGCGAUCUUCCCACGUUCUUGAUCAUUGAUUGGUAGAGAUUGUCACCCUAAAACUGAACGACCACAAUAUACAAAAAUUACAGCAAGCUGUAGCUGUCAAAACAAGGUUUAUCCGCGAGAAUACAGAAUGUUGAGAAUCUGUUUGGCAUGCCAGCGCUUCAGCGUCGAAAUAAGAAUGGAGCAGCAGCAUUGCCGUGAUAGAAAGGAGUACUAUCAAUUGCAACUAACAUACCAACACUCACCCACGCAGUGAUGGGGAGGGGGA